GGACAACGGACCGAAGAGGAGAGUUGAUGGUUGCGAUCAGGUGGCUUAGUUCUGCGAUAUUAGCAGUUGGCCACGUUAUCAAGAACACUUCCAUGUUAGUUCAUCGCUGAUGUUUGUGACGACCACUCAACUAUAUAAAGUAGUAUUAGGUCAUUAUUCUCCGUCGAUGGUGGCUCCAUUCAGUUCGUAGCAGCAAGAAUUGUGGGCACUCCUCUCACCGGGCUGACUCAAAACGGGCAGUUAUCUCACAGCUACCGCUGGGCAAAAAGAUGAAAAUACCCAAAGGCUCUGAUGUUCUGGCUGUCUAACUGCUUACCUGCCACCUACUAGUACCUUAUUACUCCGUGGCCCGGCGAUUUUACCAAUUAUCGCAGUUCCCUGCAGCAACUUGAGCAAACGCAGGUCAAUCAGGCAACUCAUUCACUAGGCGCUACUAUUUCAGGAAAGUGGACUUGGAACCUGACCGGACAGACACCCAAACACAGUCCAGCAAAAUGGCAAGCUCAUCGUUACAAGGGACCUGCUCAACCAUCACAGAAUGGCGCGCCCAAGCAGAGGCUAUGAAGGCCGCGGUGGCAGCGUUGCCAACCACGGUCAACAUGGAAAGUGCAGACGGGUCAGACUGGGACGAGGAUGAGAUUGACCGAGUGUACGCGCCCCGAGAUGGCCCGCGGGAUGUUUGGGACUUCAUCUCGGACGAUGAGCUGGACGAGAUUGACUUCGACAGCGGCGAUCUGUUUGACGGCGUCGAUGGCGAAGCCGAAGCUGCGGGCGCCUACGACGUCCAAUGGCUGGCGGCGAGAUGCGCCGAUGUGUCGUCGCGGAAAUCCGGCCUCUCACCGGGGAAUCUGCAGGACCAGAUCAUGGAUAUUCUGGCCACCAGCCGGCCCGAGGGCGAGCUCCAGUCGCAACUGACGGACCUGGUGGGCUUUGACGAUCUGGACUUCGUCAUCGACCUGGUGUCCCACAGGGCCGAGAUUGUUGCGUCCAUGGCCUCGGAGAAGCUCCGUGAUGAGCAGACUGGUCGGGCGCCGAGGCUGUUGACGAAGGCGCAGAGGCAGGAGGCCCUUCGGCGCAGAGACCUCGAGCACAAGGCCACGCCCCUAGCCGCAGCUCGCGAAAAGGAGGAGGACUACCCGCACGUCUACAAGAGGUAUAAUGCCGGAAACACGCUGAGCGCCAACGGGUCGAGGUACAAGCUGCCGGUGGGCAGCCAGCGGAUGGAGUUUGAGAAGUACGAGGAGUACGUGAUCCCCGCGGGAAAGCCGGGCACGCUGUGGCCCGGGCAGAAGCUCGUCAAGAUCUCGGACCUGGACGGGCUGUGCCGGAACACUUUUCGGGGCUACAAGACGCUCAACCGCAUGCAGAGCCUGGUCUACCCGGUGGCGUACAAGACGAGCGAGAACAUGCUGAUUUGCGCCCCGACGGGCGCUGGCAAGACGGACGCGGCCAUGCUGACCAUCCUACACACGGUCGGCCAGUACCUCACGCCGAGCCCGUUCGAGGACCACUCGGCCACCGACUUUGCCGUGCAGGCGGAGGAUUUCAAGAUUGUCUAUGUCGCGCCCAUGAAGGCGCUGGCGGCCGAGAUCACCGAGAAGCUCGGCAAGCGGCUGGCCUGGCUCGGGCUGCGCUGCCGCGAGUACACGGGCGACAUGCACCUGACCAAAUCCGAGAUUGUGCAGACGCAGAUCAUUGUCACGACGCCCGAGAAGUGGGACGUGGUGACGAGGAAGGGGACCGGCGACACGGAGCUGGUGCAGAAGGUGCGGCUGCUCAUCAUCGACGAGGUGCACAUGCUCCACGACGAGAGGGGCGCCGUGCUGGAGUCGCUGGUGGCCCGGACGCAGCGGCAGGUCGAGAGCACGCAGUCUCUGAUCCGCAUCGUCGGCCUCAGCGCCACGCUGCCCAACUUUGUGGACGUGGCCGAUUUCCUGGGCGUCAACAAGAGGGCGGGUCUGUUCUACUUCGAUGCGUCGUUCCGGCCGGUACCGCUGGAGCAGCACUUCAUUGGCGUCAAGGGCAAGGCGAACAGCAAGCAGUCGCGCGAGAACCUCGACCAGGUGGCGUUUGAGAAGGUGCGCGAGAUGCUGGAGCAGGACCACCAGGUCAUGGUCUUUGUGCACUCGCGGCGCGACACGCAGGCGACGGCCAAGAUGCUGUACGAGAAGGCGACGGACCAGGCCUGCGUCGGGCUCUUCGACCCCAGCGGCCACGAGCGGUACGAGGCGGCCAUAAAGGACGUCAGGUCCACCAAGGCGCGCGAGAUACGCGACCUCGUGCCCAAGGGCCUGGGCAUCCACCACGCCGGCAUGGCCCGGUCGGACCGGAACCUCAUGGAGCGGCUCUUCUCCGAGGGCGUCAUCAAGGUGCUCUGCUGCACGGCCACGCUGGCCUGGGGCGUCAACCUGCCGGCGGCGGCGGUGGUGAUCAAGGGCACGCAGGUGUACAGCGCGCAGGACGGCAAGUUUGUCGACCUGGGCAUCCUCGACGUGCUGCAGAUCUUCGGGCGCGCGGGCCGUCCGCAGUUCGAGGACGUGGGCAUCGGCAUGAUCUGCACGACGCACGACAAGCUGGCGCACUACCUGACGGCCGUGACGGACCAGCUGCCGAUCGAGUCGCGCUUCUCGGCCAAGCUCGUCGACAACCUGAACGCCGAGAUCGCGCUGGGCACGGUCAACUCCAUCACGGAUGCGGUCAAGUGGAUCGGCUACUCGUACCUGUUUGUCCGCAUGAAGCGCAACCCGAUGGCGUACGGCAUCGAGUGGGCCGAGUUCGACAGCGACCGCAGCCUGGUGCAGCGGCGGCGCAAGCUGGCCAUGCAGGCGGCGCGCACGCUGCAGCAGAGCCAGAUGAUCAUCUUCAACGAGCCGACCGAGGAGCUGCGCAGCAAGGACAUCGGGCGCAUCGCCAGCCAGUACUACAUCCAGCACACCAGCAUCCAGGUCUUCAACUCGCUGAUGAAGCCCGACGCGGGCGAGCGGGACAUCCUGAUGAUGAUCGCCAUGAGCGGCGAGUUCGACAACAUCCAGUCGCGCAACAACGAGGCCGGCGAGCUGGCGGCCAUGCGCAAGAACACCCACUUCGUGCCGUACGAGGUCGGCGGCGGCAUCGACCAGCCGCAGACCAAGACCAACAUCCUGCUGCAGGCGUACAUCUCGCGCGCGCAGCCGGACGACUUCGCGCUGACCAACGACCUGAACUACGUCGCGCAGCAGGCCGGGCGCAUCUGCCGCGCGCUGUUCAUGAUGGCGCUGAACCGGCGCUGGGGCUACCAGUGCCUGGUGCUGCUGACCAUGGCCAAGUCGAUCGAGAAGCGGCUCUGGGCCUUCCAGCACCCCUUCCACCAGUUCGACUUGCCGAAGCCCGUGCUGAACAACCUGGACACGAAGGAGGCGCUGUCGAUCGAGGCCAUGCGCGAGAUGGAGCCCGCCGAGAUCGGCAACCUGGUCAACAACUAUCGCAUGGGCGCCCGGAUCGCGAGGCUGCUCGACAACUUCCCGACCCUGAGCGUCGAGGCCGAGAUUGCGCCGCUGAACCGCGACGUGCUGCGCAUCAAGCUCUACGUCACGCCCGACUUCCGGUGGAACGACCAGCUGCACGGCACGUCCGAGUCGUACUACAUUUGGGUCGAGAACUCGGACACGUCCGAGAUCUACCACCACGAGUUCUUCAUCCUCAACCGGCGCAAGCUGCACGACGACCACGAGCUCAACUUCACCAUCCCGCUGGCCGACCCGCUGCCCAACCAGAUCUACGUGCGGGCCGUCUCGGACCGCUGGCUCGGCGCCGAGACGGUGACGGCCGUCUCGUUCCAGCACCUCAUCCGGCCCGACACCGAGAGCGUCUACACGGACCUGCUGAGCCUACAGCCGCUACCCGUGUCGGCGCUACAGAACCGGGCGCUGGAGGAGCUGUACGCGCAGCGCUUCCGCUUCUUCAACCCGAUGCAGACGCAGCUGUUCCACACGCUGUACCACCGGCCCGUGAACGUGCUCCUCGGCUCGCCGACGGGCAGCGGCAAGACGGUGGCGGCCGAGCUGGCCAUGUGGUGGGCCUUCCGCGAGCGGCCGGGGUCCAAGGUGGUGUACAUCGCGCCGAUGAAGGCGCUGGUGCGCGAGCGCGUCAAGGACUGGGGCGCGCGGCUCGCGCGGCCGCUGGGCCUGCGGCUGGUGGAGCUGACGGGCGACAACACGCCGGACACGCGCACGAUCCAGGACGCCGACAUCAUCGUCACGACGCCCGAGAAAUGGGACGGCAUCUCGCGCAGCUGGCAGACGCGCGGCUACGUCCGCCAGGUCAGCCUCGUCAUCAUCGACGAGAUCCACCUGCUGGCCGGCGACCGCGGGCCGAUCCUGGAGAUCAUCGUGUCGCGCAUGAACUACAUCGCCGCGUCGACCAAGAAGGCGGUGCGCCUCCUGGGCAUGUCGACGGCCUGCGCCAACGCGGCCGAUCUGGCCAACUGGCUGGGCGUCAGGGGCGGGGAGGGCCUGUUCAACUUCCGCCACUCGGUGCGGCCCGUGCCGCUGGAGCUCUACAUCGACGGCUUCCCCGAGGUGCGCGGCUUCUGCCCGUUGAUGCAGUCGAUGAACCGGCCGACCUUCCUGGCCAUCCUGAACCACAGCCCGGACAAGCCGGUCAUCGUGUUCGUGCCGUCGCGCCGGCAGACGCGGCUCACGGCCAAGGACCUCAUCAACCUCUGCGGCAUGGAAGACAACCCGCGGCGCUUCCUCCACAUGGACGAGGACGACCUGCAGCUGAACCUGGCGCGCGUCAAGGACGAGGCGCUCCGGGAGGCCCUCAGCUUCGGCAUCGGGCUGCACCACGCCGGCCUGGUCGAGUCGGACCGGCAGCUGGCCGAGGAGCUGUUCCUGCACAACAAGAUCCAGAUCCUGAUCGCCACCAGCACGCUCGCCUGGGGCGUCAACCUCCCCGCCCAUCUGGUCGUGGUCAAGGGCACGCAGUACUACGACGCCAAGAUCGAGGCCUACCGGGACAUGGACCUGACCGACGUGCUGCAGAUGCUGGGCCGCGCCGGGCGCCCGCAGUUUGACGACUCGGGCGUCGCGCGCAUCUUCACGCAGGACGCCAAGAAGGACUUCUACAAGCACUUCCUGCACACGGGCUUCCCCGUCGAGUCGUCGCUGCACACCGUGCUCGACAACCACUUGUGCGCCGAGAUCUGCGCCGAGACGGUCGUGACGAAGCAGGACGCGCUCGACUACCUCACCUGGACCUUCUUCUUCCGCCGCCUGCACAAGAACCCGUCGUACUACGGGCUCGAGAUCUCGGCCGAGGAGCACAACUCGACCGCCGCGCAGCAGCUCGCCAACGACUUCAUGAUCUCCAUGGUCGACGCCUCCCUCGCCGCGCUCGUCGACUCCAAGUGCGUCGACGUCUACCCCAACGGCGACAUCGACCCGACCCCACUGGGAAAGAUCAUGAGCUACUACUACCUCUCGCACAAGACCAUCCGCCACCUGGUGCGCCAGGCUAAGCCGCAGGCCUCCUUCCUCGACGCGCUCUCGUGGAUGUGCCGCGCCACCGAGUACGACGAGUUGCCCGUGCGACACAACGAGGACCUGAUCAACGCCGAGCUGUCGCGCAACCUGCCCUUCCCGGCCACCGCCUUCGGCCUGCCCAUGUGGGACCCGCACGUGAAGGCCUUCUUGCUCCUGCAGGCGCACUUCUCCCGCGUGAGCCUUCCCAUCACCGACUACGUCGGCGACCAGACCAGCGUGCUCGACCAGGCCGUGCGCAUCCUCCAGGCCAGCAUCGACGUCAUGGCCGAGCUGGGCUAUCUAAGUUCCAUGCUGCAGUUCAUGGCGCUGCUGCAGUGCGUCAAGUCGGCCCGCUGGCCCGACGAGAGUCCGGCGUCGAUCCUCCCCGGCGUGGACGAAAUUAGCACUAGUACUAGUGGGAAGAAGAAGAAGGUCGAGCUGGCGGAAAUCGCCCGCAUCUUCUCCUCCUCUCCUAAACAACCCCCGCCGCCGCAGGCAAUCAACAAACUAGCCCACGACCUAUCCAUCCCUCCUUCGCAACUCCAAACCCCGCGCUUCCAGAAAGCAGCAUCCACCCUCCCUCACUUGCAGGUCGCAGUCGACGAGCUCAAAACAGACGCCCUCGCCAUCUCCCUGAAACGGCUCAACCCCCUCGUCGAGCGCGACGCUCGCGUCUAUGCGCCGCGCUUCCCCAAACCGCAGACAGAAGGGUAUUUUGUGGUUGUUUGUGAUGUCGCAAGGGACGAGGUCCUUGCGAUCAAGCGAGUUAGCUGGAGUGCUGGUGCUAGGAAAGAUGCGAGGGGGAAAGGGAUGGGGUUGGAGGUUGGGCAACGGCCUACGGCUAGGGCGACGGUUAGGGUUCCAGCUCUGGAUGGAGACGGAGAGGAUGGUGAGAGGAAGGUGGAUGUGCUUGUGCUCAGUGACGCGUAUGUUGGGAUGGAGUGGCGCGUGGAAGGGAAGGUUGUGCUGCCGCCGGCGCCGAGGGUGGAUACUGCUGGGGUGGUGGAGAAGAAGCAUGAUGGGAGCGGGAGGUGGAAGGUGGGUGAGGAUGGCAGGGCUUAGUGUUACAAGGCGAGGGGGAGGAGGGACGAAGGGAAAGGGAGGGAGCUGGUGCUCCUACUCCUAGUACCUAGGUACCUAGUACUUAUCACCAUUUGAGACCCGACCUCAGAGGGUUGGUAAGCAUGAUGCAGGAGAAAGGGAAGUUGGUAGCAGCAGUGAAUCCGUCAUUGGAUAUCAUACCUAUCCUGUCACGUCUGUCUAUAUGAAGCAUACAUAGGUAUCUGGUUUCCUAACGCGUGGCAAGUGUGGACACCGCCCGCUAGGGGUGAAUUAUACGCAAGCUAAGACUAGGAGCGAGUGGGAAAGCAAAGAUGAGGGAGAGAAUUAACAAUGCGUUCUUGGCCCUAUUUAGUGCCAUAGUUUCCCAAGCCUUUGCUCUACGGGAGCCGGUUUCCGUUUCGGGAAAAUACCAAACAAUCCAUCCAUG